CAAGUUUCUGCGUACAAAACAAUUCUCAUGUAUAUAUAUAUUGCAUUCUCGGAAGCCCAUAUUUUCAAUUACUUCAUCAUCAUAACAUUUAGCAACAUUCCUCUUUCUAUUUGUUUCCUUUUUUAAUUUUUGUCUCAGGCAAAACACAGAAAGGAAGAAAGAAGCAUAUUUUUUUCUGAUCAUCAUUCAUCAAUGGCUCCUCCACCUGAAGACAACGUUGUGGUCUCACAACUAAAGCUUGAAAAAUUGCUGAGCAUGAAAGGAGGCAAGGGUGAAUCCAGCUACGUUAACAACUCUCAAGCCCAGGCUCAGCAUGCUCGUUCGAUGUUGCAUCUGUUGAAGGACUGUUUGGACGGAGUUCAACUAAACCGGCAGCCGGAAGUGCCGUUCACGGUGGCGGAUUUGGGGUGUUCCUGCGGCAGCAACACCCUUUACAUCGUCGACGUCAUUAUCAAGCACAUCAUCAAGCGAUACGAAGCCUCGGGUUUUGCUGAGUUGCCCGAGUUUUCGGCGUUCUUCUCCGACCUUCCGUCAAAUGACUUCAAUACCCUCUUUCAGCUCCUCCCGUCUUACGGCGGUAGCAUGGAGGAAUGCCUCGCUUCCGACAGCCACCGCUCUUACUUUGCUGCCGGAGUCCCCGGUUCGUUCUACCGCCGCCUCUUCCCGGCCAAAUCCAUUGAUGUUUUUUACUCCGCAUUUUCCUUGCACUGGCUUUCUCAGGUGCCUGAAGUUGUGGUGGAUAAGAGAUCGACGGCCUACAACAAAGGCAAGAUAUUCAUCCACGGCGCAAAUGAGAGCACCGCAAACGCCUACAGGAAGCAAUUCCAGGCAGACUUGGCCGGGUUCCUGACAUCAAGAUCCGUUGAGAUGAAAAGGGGCGGGUCAAUGUUCUUGGUUUGUUUGGGAAGAACUUCACCCGACCCCACCGACCAAGGUGGGGCCGGCCUCCUUUUCGGGACUGAUUUUCAAGAUGCUUGGAAUGAUCUUGUCCAAGAGGGCUUAAUAACGAGUGAGAAGCGUGACAACUUCAACAUCCCGGUGUACGCCGCCAGCCUCCAAGACUUCAAGGAAGUGGUCGUAGCCGACGGCUCAUUCGUGAUCAACAAGCUGGAAGUGUUCCGAGGAGGAAGCCCGCUGGUGGUUAGCCACCCCGAUGACGCGGCCGAGGUGGGUCGAGCCUUAGCCAACAGCUGCAGGAGCGUGAGCGGCGUCUUAGUCGACGCUCACAUCGGCGAACAGCUGAGCGAGGAGCUCUUCAGCCGUGUUGAGCGCCGAGCCACAAGCCAUGCAAAAGACAUGCUUGAAAAGAUCCAAUUCUUCCACAUUGUUGCUUCUCUAUCUUUGGCCUAGCGCUUCAUUAACCAGUCAAAUUAAAUCAGGAGGG